AUGGUCUCCGGAGUGGGGCGGUUCGGACUGCGAGGCUGUCGAGAAUAUGCUUAUAUUCAAGCAUCCAAGGGGGGAGGUGCCACUGUUAAGGUAAAGAAAGUACCACUCGAGCGCUUCUCCUGUACUUCCCUAUCAAGUGGUCUGACUGCUACUCGACCAUUUCCUUCAGAGAUCGAUCACGAACCGAUGGAUGGUCGCAAGGGUACUCCAACUCCGCUCAAAUCCUUGCCAUUUGGCUACACAUUCACAGCCGGAGCGAUCGCGGGUGUGACGGAACUAUUAUGUCUUUAUCCCCUUGAUGUCGUCAAGACGAGAAUCCAGCUGCAAGGAAAGGUGGCUAUUCCCGGGCAGGAUAGCUAUACUGGGAUGGUUGACUGUUUUCAAAAAAUCAUCAAGACUGAAGGAUUCGGCCGGCUAUACCGAGGCUUGGUUCCACCUUUAAUGCUCGAAGCGCCCAAACGAGCCGUCAAAUUCGCAGCGAACGACUUUUGGGCUACGACCUAUAAACAAUUGACUGGUUCAGAUAAAUUGACUCAGAACUUAUCGUUGUUGACUGGAAUGAGCGCCGGCGCAACAGAGUCGAUCGUCGUUGUUCCCUUCGAAUUGGUCAAGAUCAGGCUUCAGGAUAGAAAUUCAAGCUACAAGGGCCCAAUAGACGUAGUCCUGAAAACGGUCAAAUCGCAAGGAAUUUUGGGCUUGUACGGCGGCUUGGAGUCUACCUUUUGGCGUCAUGUUUGGUGGAAUGGUGGUUAUUUUGCUUCUAUCUUCAAAAUCAGAGCGAUGAUGCCUAAAGCCGACUCUAAGACUCGAGAAGUGGUAAACAACUUUAUAUCCGGAUCAAUUGGGGGAUGUUUGGGAACCAUGGUCAAUACCCCAUUCGAUGUGGUCAAAUCUAGGAUUCAAAACACAGUCGUCUUGCCCGGUGAGAAACCCAAAUACGGGUGGACAUAUCCCGCGAUAGUGACGAUUGCAAAGGAGGAAGGUCUGGGGGCGCUCUACAAGGGAUUCAUUCCCAAGGUCUUGAGGUUAGCCCCAGGAGGUGGUGUGUUGUUAGUAGUCGUUGAGGUUGUGACAGGAUACUUCAGGAAACAGCUCGGCCCACCUUACUCUGCCUGAAAUGGCGCAUUGGCAAGUAAAGGGAAUCGGUGCAUAUAUCCAUUGAUCAUGUUAUUGAAGCUUGCUUGAAAAAUGUGUAUCGUUCUUGGCAUCUAGUUUAUCUUCUUCCUGCUCCUCCUCCUUGAUUCCUCUCCACAAAAAACUCCCUUAGAAUUCUAACCUCCUUGCUAUUGUGCUACCUGAAAACUGUACAGUGGGAUUCGAAUCCUUCGUAAAAAAGCAAUGAAUGAAUCAAUUGGUUAUGG